AUGAUGAACGAGCAAAUGCAGGAGAUGGAGGAGGUGAGCAAGGAGCUACUGAAGUUGCUAGCAGCAGGUGGGGCUGGGAACCUGCUGAAGAGAAGCCUGGACAAACAGGAGAAGAUGUUUGACAAGCUCCUGGAUACGCAGCUGACGGCGGCGCAGCUGGUUAAAGAUCUCCUCGCUACGGAGGAGAAGGUGGCUCAGACGCUCCUGGCGGGGGAAGAGGAGAUGCAGAGCAGCCUGCGCAAGGUGCAGGCGAUGGAAGCGGCGCUGCGGAGAGCCAGUGAGGACAACGCCAGCCUGAGGGCUGACAGCAGUGCCUUGCGGCGAGAGCUGGAGGAGCUGAGGGCCGAGCUCGGGCGACUGCAGGACGACAUGGAGGACGACGCUGGCAUGGUCAAUUCUGCAACGUACAUCGCACAGCUUUACUACAAGAUCAGCCGGAUCGACUGGGACUACGACUGUGAGCACCCGCAGAUCAAAGGCAUCCAUCACGGUCCAGCCAUCGCUCAGCCCAUCAGCAUCGACAGCAGCCAGCACUCCAAGUGCUUCGUUAGCGACUACCUGUGGAGCCUGGUGGACACGGCCUGGUGACCCUGCCCAAGCCAGCCUCGGGCGAGCGAGGAAAAGCCAGCUCGUGCCGUGACCAGCGUGAGGAAGGACGGAGCCCAGGCUAAUCACAAAGGGAUUUUUUAUUCAUGUAACAAUCAGCAUUUGAAAUCAUUAAAACCCGUGACUGGUAAGAAGAGACACCGGGCGUCAAAUGUCACUCGGCCAGUCAGUAACUGCAGGUGCUGCCAACCCUCCAGCCUGCUAGAGUCCUGGGGGAGAACGUCCUUGUGUCCCCCAGGGGAACGGUUCUCUCUGGGCACCAGAAAAUGGCUGGGCCUGGUCCAGCUGCCCUGGCCAGGCCGAGGCCGCGACUCCACAGUGGAAGGGGAACUCCCGCUCCUUGGCCACCCCGCCCAGAGACUCCUCCCAAGGAGGGAAGGGCUGGGAAGACCCCACGUGCCCAUCUCCGAACUAAAUGGCAGGUGGGGAGGGGGGCAGGAUGUCCCUGCCCCCACCCCCCUUGGCACUUGGAAA